AUGAUGGAAACGAUCGACGGAGGCUGUAACUAUAUGAGAAUUGUUCAGCACGGCGUUCAUCUUAAUUUGAAUUCUGCACUAUGUAGUUUGGUGACACCGCCUCGUCGCACUGUAAAAACCAAGAAACGGAUGUCGACGCCAGUUGAUAUUCCGCAGUUGAAUUUCCAAAGCCCUCCGCCGUGCAAAGCACCUGAGAAUCAAAGCAAAUCGCUUCCAAGAGGUUCUGCGACCAGGUAUAGUCCGUCCAGACUGUCACCCAGUCAGCUUGAUGGUAAAGGAUUCUACGCUGGUGCCAAGUUUGGGGAGAGGCCACCCCCUACAGAGUUGCCCAAACCUCCUAAUCACUGGGUGAGUGAUCGAGAGAACAAAAAGGGAUCAGAAGAGCUGAGCUGCAUCGAAAUGACAAAUACUUUGAAGGUUCUAUUAAAAGUUCAAUCAUAA